CUUCGCCGUCCCUCGGCGCGUGACCGACAGCUGCCCGGGCUAAGGGAGGAGGUGCCCGCCAGGACCUUCCGCCGGCCGGACGAAUCCCCUGUCCCCGUUCAGAAGAGGCACCCACGUGGCCCCUCACCUGGGAAACCAGGGAUUGAACUCGGGACCUUGUGCUUGUGUAGAGUGACUUAUUUUAGAUGAGAUGGACAGGGAAGGACUCACUGAAGAAAAGAUAUUUGAACUUCAACCUGAAAGAGAGGAAUCUUCAAAAUCCAUCCUGGUUCUGUGGUUAUAAAAUUCAACAAUGCUGCCAAAUCCUGGGAUCUAUUACCUCCCCUGGGAGGUUGCCGGUGGCCAUGUUCCUGAUGGAGGUACACUGCGCACAUUUGGCAGGUUGUGCCUCUACGACAUGACGCGGUCCCGGGCGACCCUCACGGCUCAGCACGGAUCUGAUCAGCACCAGGUUCUUGUGGGCACCGAGCUGGUGGAGCCAUUCCAGGCCCAGGCGGGCUCCCUGUAUGUGGUCCUCGGCGACCUCGAGCACCAGGCCGGUGGAGGCUCCAUGGUGAAGGCCCGAGUGCUGACCUGUGUGGAGGGGAUGAAUCUGCACCUGUUAGAACAAGCCAUCCAGAAGCAGAGGUUGUACCAGCAAGAACGGGGGAACAGCAGCACCAAGCAUACCCUCACCUGCUCCUUAGACCCCCAGAGCUGCUGACCUGCUGCAGUGGCCACUUCCCUGAGUGACAGCCAUUUAUCUGGAAUCAGAGAGUAGAGGGGCGGAUGGUUAAUAUAACCCCUUCCCCUAAUUUGGGACAGUGCCAAAAAUGACAGCCCCGAGAACUAGUGUCACCCCCCCACACAGGAGGCUACAGGCACUGAGCUCCAGACCCCUGGGGCUGUGCUUCGGGGGGCGGGGGGUCACAGAGAGUUCCAGAAGGUCCUGGUGAAUAAAGGUCUGUGGCUGA